AUGGCUAAAAAUUCUCCGCAUUAUCCAUUGACAUUUGAAGAAGUCGAAGAAAUGACAACAGCAUUUAAAGAACUUGAUAAAGAUUCUAAUGGAAGUAUAACAGCACAAGAAAUGAGGGAAUGUCUUAAUCGAACACACAUUGACCAUGAUAACGAUGAAGUUGAUAGUGCUAUGAAAAGUAUGGAUAGUAAUAAAGAUGGAAAAGUAACUUUCGAUGAAUAUAUGAGUUUUAUGGUUAAAUUGGUUACAGAACAAUCUCAUAAAAAAGAACGAAAGCAUUCAUCAAAACAACAAACAAAGAAGAAAUAA